AGUCACCCAACCAUUCACCUGCUGUCAUUGAUUGUGAUUUGCUUUGAUCGUCACUAUUCAUGACCUUAUUGUGAUUAACUACUAAAAGUAAACAUAAGUGCGUGUGUGCAAACAUCUCGAAAAUAUUGUGAUUAAGAAUGUGUUUAAAUCAGCAUUGAUAUAUAUAUAAGUAUAUUUUUAAUUGAAAUUAACCUAGAAAUAUGAGUAGACAAGGCAAAGGGGGCCCAGUGCCAAACAGGUGGAUGAAUUGUCCCCGGAAAGCUUCUGAGCUAAUAAUUGAUAAAUUUAUGGCUUUCAAAACUCCACUGUCUGCUGAUUAUGAUGAACUAAUAUUACCACAAAAUAGGUUUUAUCCACAAAUGUUAUUUGAUGUUUGCCGGGCAAAGAAGAUCAAGUUUGGUAUUUGGGUUGAUUUAACGAAUACAACAAGGUUUUACAAUAAAAAUAUAGUGGACCAAAACAGAUGUAAAUACAUUAAAAUGCAAUGCCGAGGUCAUGGAGAGACUCCAACACAGGAACAAACAGAUGAAUUUAUAAAUUUAGUCCACAAUUUUAUAUGCCAACAUCCGUUAGAAUGUAUAGCAGUACAUUGCACACAUGGUUUCAACAGAACUGGAUUUCUGAUUGUUUCCUAUAUAGUUUCUAAACUAGAUUGUAGUUUAGAAAUUGCUUUACGGAUGUUUGCUGAAGCUAGACCUCCUGGCAUUUACAAGGGUGAUUAUAUAAAGGAAUUAUAUAGGAGAUUCGCUGAUGAAGAAGAUGCGCCACCACCACCAGAAAUGCCUGCUUGGUGUUUUGAUGGUGAAAUGGAUUCACCUGCCAGCUUUAGUAUGUUAUCAAAUAAUAGUCAUUCAGAAGAAUCUUCUGGAUCCUCUAAACCACAAAACCAUAAACGACGUGGACAGAAAGAAGCUGUUUUUAUGAGCGGUAUAUCAGGAGUAUAUGAAUUUACUGAGCAGCCCAAAGCACAUGAACUGAAGAAGAAAGUGCAAUUGAUGUGCGGAUGGAAAUCGAAAGAUUUUCCCGGAUCCCAACCUGUUUCAAUGGAUACACACAACAUUCAAGGCCUGCACACAAAGCCAUACAGAGUCUCUUGGAAAGCAGAUGGAACUAGAUAUAUGAUGUUGAUAGACGGUGAAAACGAGACUUAUUUCUUCGAUCGUGAUUAUAACAUAUUCCAUGUGGAUGGUUUAACAUUCCCAUACAGGAAAGAUCUU